UACUUUGCUGCCGUUCCCGCCCCUUCGAUAUCCCAUAAGCACACUAUGCUGCAUCCUUCGCCGGUGGGACCAGAAGCGGCUUGUUGACCUUCCCCUUAAUUAAUUAGUAUUGAUUUAUUAAGCACACAGGAGAAGUCUAGCUGCAGCCGAGCAAAAACUUGUUUAGCCUACUGCCCUGCUUUAGGCGGAGGACUGCCCGACAGCAUCUGGUAGUUGGAGCAUUUGCCACAAUGUGUGCCUCCACAAAAAGAGUUCAUGCAUUCGUGCGACUGAGGCCAUCAGCUGAAUUUCCUCAAAAUACGAUCAAGUUUGGGCCAGACAAUCAGACGAUCAGUAUCUACAUCGAGAGAGACCGUUCCAAGGGAGUUGUCAACAACAAGCAGACAGACUGGUCUUUUAAACUUGACGGCAUUCUUCACAACGCGACGCAAGAGCUGGUUUAUGACACGGUAGCCAGAGACCUGGUCUCCGAAGCUCUUGGUGGAUAUAAUGGUACUAUAAUCUGCUAUGGGCAGACAGGAGCAGGAAAGACUUUCACCAUGACAGGAAUGACAGAAGACUACGAGCAUCGAGGGAUCAUUCCCCGAGCUAUACAGCAGGUGUUCAGAACCAUGGAGGAGCACGGCGGUCAGUUCAUCACCGUUCGAGUGUCUUACCUGGAGAUUCACAACGAGAUCAUCGUUGACCUCUUAUCCUCGGCGCCCCACGCUCCAGACCCUCCGCUGUCCAUCGUGGAGGGCCCUCGGGGGGUUUCCGUGAAAGGCCUGACUGUGCACUCCUGCCCCAGCGAAGAAGUGGCUUUAAACUUUUUGUUCGAGGGUGACACCAACAGAAGUGUUGGCCAGCAUGAACUGAACAGUAACUCCUCUCGGUCCCACUGCAUCUUUACCAUUUACAUUGAGUGUCAUUCCAGAAUGACGUCAGACGCCACAUAUGUCACCUCCAAAAUCAACCUGGUAGAUCUGGCGGGCUCAGAGAGGCUGGCAAAAACCAAGUCGGAGGGCCAAGGAUUGAAGGAGACGACGUACAUUAGUAAGUCCCUGUCGUUCCUGGAACAAGUCGUCAUUGCGUUGUCUGAGCGUCACAGAGAGCACAUCCCCUUCCGGCAGAGCAAGCUGACCUAUACCCUGAAGGACUCCUUGGGUGGAAACUGUUACACCGUCCUGGUGGCCAACGUCUGCAGCGAAGCCGUUCACAUCGUGGAGACGCUGUCCACACUUCGUUUUGCUGCCAGAAUGAAGUGGGUAACCACUGUGCCAGUCGUCAAUGAAAAGCAAGACACAGAGCGCUUAGUGAAAAACCUUGAAAAGGAAGUCUUCUACCUGAAAGAGGAGCUGGCAGUCCACAACACCCUGCUCAAUCGUCCACCAAUCACUUAUGAGCCCCUCAAUGAAAUCCAGGUGGCGGAAAUCAACUCUCACGUUCGUCGGUUCCUGGAAGGAAGCAUAGAUGAGUUGGAGAUCAUGAGUCUCCGGCAAAUCCAAGAAAUCUUUUACCAGUUCAAAUUCAUCUUAAGCCAACAGGAGCAAGAAGUGGAAGCCAGGCUGAGGAGCAAGUACACCCUGAUAGACAAAAAUGACUUUGCCACUUUGUCUGCGGUCCAGAAGGCUGGAUUGGUUGAUGCUGACGGCCACAUGGUUGGUGAGGUGGAUGGGCAGGGGUUCGGCAUUGGAGUUGCUCCUUUCUCGUCCAAGCCUGGAGGGAAGAGAGCAAAAAUAAAGAAAGGCAAAGAGCAGCCCAGCAUUGGUCCGCGGAAGGAAGGGGUGGCCAGCCCUGUUUCGGGGAAGGAGCUGGAUUCUGUUUCCGCCUCGCGCAACGGGGGGUUCAGCAAGGAGCCGGAGGCAAAGGAAGCCCAAGACAUUGUCAGUGUGGACUCGCAUCGCACCGAAUCCGGGCCUAAAGAGGACACCACCAGCCAGCCCAGCUGUCCGCCAGCCCGGACGGCAGCCUUUGAGGACUUCAAGAACGAGCGCGGCAGUGAGAUCAACCGGAUCUUCAAGGAGAACAAGGCCAUUCUGAGAGACCGCAAGAAGAAGAUGAGCGAGGUCACGCAGAAGAUCAACGCCCUGAAGAGGGAGAUGGACACGGCCAAGCAGGCCCUGGAGGCCCAGAAGCAGGAGCGGGAGCAGCAGGGAGAAUACCUGAAUGAGGAAGGUCAAGUCAUUAUCGACGAGGAGGAGUUCCUGCUGCUCGUGAAGCUGAAGGAGCUGCGGAAGCAGUACCGGGCGGACUUCAGCGAGUUCCGGAACCUCCAGUCCGAAGUGCAGUACUGCCAGCACCUGGUGGACCAGUGCCGACGGAAGCUGCUCACGGAGUUUGAGAUCUGGUACAACGAGUCCUUCCUCAUCCCGGAGGAGGUCCAAGAGGCUCUGAAGCCUGGAGGCGUUAUCAGGCUCGGCAUGAUUCCCAUCAACAGAGUCCUGGCUCUGGAUGAAGAUGAGCAGGAGAGAUUUGACCGGAUGCAGGAAGAGGUGCUGCCGUUCUCCCCGGCUUCUGUCUCCUUCUAUAAUGCCAAAGCAAAUACUGAUCGCAAGCCAAGUAUGCUCAUGCCGUGAAACCCCUCGAGACAAAUAAAAUGAGGAAGAAACCGCCAGCAUUAUCAACCCAUGAGUGAAGAACAAGAGUUCCCAUCCACCCUCAGCAUCGUAGCGAAGCUGAGCCGGGUGGGUCAGGGGGUCCCUCAAUUUGUAUUCUUAGAGUGGAACAUAGAACCAGCAAAUAAUUAAAUGGUUGUUGUUUUUCUCAGGCACAUUGAGCAAAAAAUA